AUGAACAAGACGCCGUCCAGCCCGACCCUCAGCGAAAUGGAAUUUGACCACCUCGACUCCUUCUGUGAAGAACAGGACGUCCCUACCAUCACACUUUCCUCUGGCGUCACUCGCGCCACCCCUCCUUCUUCCUUGGCCCGACCAACACCCAAGUUUCACACCCAAUGCCACCCCCUUCCUCCUCCACCCCCAGAGGUAAAGGCAAAAGUCCAGCAACCUUCUCCUCCUAUCGUCCCUCCCCCCGACCAGCCUAUCAUCACCAAGCCCGGGAAUGUCAAGCUCAAAAUCAACCGAUGUGCGCAUACCAUGCCCGCGGGCGCUAUCAAACCAAAGAAGAAGACGCCCGGGAUGACGAGAUAUCUCUUGCCCAGGAAAGACGAGUCGUUCAUCGGGCCAGUCAUGCCCAGUCAAUCUGAGGUUAUUGACCUUUUGACUCGCGAGUGUCCUUCUCUUGCGCAUCUGCCUGCCUCGGCCAUCUCCCUCAACCUUCGCUUUGAUGGCAACACCCAGAAAUCUGUAGAGGGCGUACUCUUCAGGGUGCUUGAGCAGGCCUGGCCGGGGGCAAUCAGUGAUGUGUUGCCGCUUGUGCAAGUUAAGAUCCGUCAGACAGAGUUGGACAAGGUAUGCGAAAAGGCAAAGCAGAUGCAGACAAAACGACAGACAGAGUCAAAGCACCCCGAGCUGAUUCCCGGCGCAGCUAUCGACGGAGUGACCUGGGACGAUCUCAAGAAGCAAGGUGCGGCAUUGGGAAUCCACGGAAGUGAGGGAGCUUCCGGAGGGCAAAAGAAACCGCGCGUCAUGACGGCGAUGGUGGGGGUGAGUACCGUUGGAUGGAAAAAUGAAGAUGGCACAGGGAGCUACCACGAGCAUCAUGCGUUGCUUGAUUAA